UUCCGCCAUGGUGUCCCGCUCGGCGCGUUGGUUGAAGCUUUGGCCACGGGGCUCACAACCCAGUCCGCCCUGCCAAUCGGUCGCCAUUGUGGAUUUUCCCUGCGCCGCUUUGUCCUGUCUCCGUGCCUUGCGAGCUGGACCCAGGCCGGUGAAUCUUCAUGUGAUUCUGAAGUCUUCCGAGAGGGGCGAGAUCACUCGCAUCUUCGAAUUUGACCAGGAGAGCGACGAGAGCAACGGUUCUGUGAAGUUUCUUCCUUCUGAGCCAAUCCUUGUCGAACUGGAUGCAAUAGAGCUUGUACGACUGGAGGUCCAUGACGUGCAAAUGCAUCGAUGCAUCGCAUUCGCAGAGAUUGACCCCGAGCUCUUGGCCACGAAACGCGCCUGGCGCUUGCUGCUCCAAGACCCCUCCAGCUGUGAGGCGAUCUAUGGCACCUCAGACCGUGGCGCCGCGGAUUCAUUGGACCGCAACGAGCGGCCACUGAAUCGCCGACCGAGUUUUUUACACUUGGUCACGCAGGAUUGCUCGAGCGAGGCCUUGGAUGGCGCCUCAACACCCUCCACGGCCAGCCGUGAGACGGAGGAGCCCAGGCUUCGCAACCGCCCUGCUGCGGGCUCGGCCUAUUCAGUUCCCUCGACGAACCCCACGGGCCGACGCAAGGUGAUGCUUAUCACCCGUGGAACGCGGGGAGAUGUGCAGCCCUUCGUGGCACUGGCACGAGGCACCUUGUGCGCACCGGCAGCGCAUCACGAGCUGCAGCGGGAAAGUGGCACCGUCUGGUCUUGUACCAUGAUUGCGAUGCUGCUUGGAACAGCAGCCUUUUGUGUGGUGGUGCUGGUCACCGAGUUGUUCUGGCGGAAGUUCUGCAUGGACAACUUGAAGGAUGAAAACAUGGACCUCAACGUGCCGGAGGGGCGCAUUCGAUUUCGGCCCUGCGGUGGGGACACGGCGCAAAGGGUGAACACGGACCUCAGCCGCACGUUUCUGAGUAUUGGUCAGCAUUCUGUGGCCAUCCAAGCCUUGGUGUUCUCACGCUCAGAGGUGGAGUUCUUUGACUCCGAGGGAUGUUUCUACCACUGGGCCUGGGAGGAGAGACCAGACUUCAUCGUCUUCGGCUUCCUGCUGACCCAUGUGGCCAUGAUCAUCUCUGAGGGUGCACGGAAGACAAAAACACCGUACAUUCCUUUGUUGUCUGGUUUUAUCAACACCAAAUUCUUGGGUUCCGAAUUGCCCUACCGCUUCUACCGCAGCGGUUUCGCGGGUUUUUGGGUGUUCUGGGCACUGCUGACCUCCCUGGUUGCGGCGGAUCACGUUGAGGAACGGGGGAAAUUGAUGGUGGGGGACGGAGGUUUCCCAAGGUUGGGCACCAAGAACCUUCCCAUCGCGGCCGCAGAAGCUCCGCUGAAGCAGGGCGACCAGAUGACCAUCACCACAGAGAUCAACGGCCUGUUUGUCAGCAGCUUGUGGGCUCGCACGGAUUGUUCAGAUGAGAAGGUCUUCAUGGACUGUUGGGAGGAUUUGGGGCAGGACCUGCCAUGUGGCAAUGGGACCCACUACUUCUGUCGGGACAAGAUGAUCAACGACCCCUACCUGUGCCGUGACCAUGAGCAAGGUCCUUAUCCCCCUCAGUCCUGCACUGCGCAGUGCGUCAUCACCAAGUCCUACCAGCCUGGUUUCUUGACGAGCGUCGAGCCCAAGAGGACCCCCCAGCAGCUACGACGCGUGAAACGAUUCGGAUGCGUCACAGGGAACUGCGUCGUUGAGGCCAAAUCGCAGAGGGUUUGCUCAGAAACAUCGGUUUUGACAUCCCCAGCAACGAUGGCGGAGUUUACUUUUGGAAAUCAAGAGGACGCGUAUCGCAUCAGUCUGGCUGAGGGCUUCAACGUAAACCUGACUGUGCAAGGCGUGGCGUGCAAGGCGCGAAGCUGCAAGAUGGAUCCCUGGAAGCAGUGCCAAGCCGAGCUCGUGGACGUGGACCUCACCAACUCACAGCCAUUUUGUUGGUCGAAUUCCAAGCAGAGAACUCUAACUCCAAGGUCAGAAGGCCCAAUGAAUCGGACUUGGACUCCGGAUGAGGAGGCAGAGCUGAAGUUUCAGCAAGCGUGUCCUGAUGCCACCAGUACCCCAUGUCCGCACCAGAGGACGGCGCAGUACAAGGUGACGUUUUGUUGA